CACCUUGUCAUCCAAAGUCCAAACGCAGCGUUUUAGUGGGCGAACAAUGCAACGCAUGCCCACGCCCUGUCCAGCCUCCAAUUUCCAAGUUUAAUUUUUCAAUUUCGAGUUGCAGGUUUGCUUCGAUGGCCUCCAACAGAAGGAAAGGCUACGCAUGGGCAAUCUCCGCCGGCCUCAACGCGGCUCUAGCUGCCAUCUCCGCGAAGCUCUUCUCUUCCCUGACUUGGAGAUCACAUGAAUAUGUGUAACGUUUGGGAAUGCACACACUGACAUUUGAAGCUGGUACCCAAGUCUCUAAAUUUAUUAAAUAUGGUCUAGUUAUAAUGUUCAAUGCGACUAUGUGGGGAUGUUACGUCAACAGCCUGAAAGCUCUGUCAUCUCUACAAGCUACUGUGACGAACUUUGCUACCAACUUCCUUUCUUCAGGUCUAGCUGGAUUUUUCCUGUUUGAAGAACCAUUAUCCUUUAAGUGGCUUGCAGGUGCCCUGGUGAUUGUAAUUGGUGUAUUAGUUCUUACAAGAUCAAGCAUAGAGAGGAAGACACCCACAGAUUAGGCUUUUGCUUUGGCUGUUCAGCAUUUGUCUCCACCCAUCUGAAUUGCACAGUGAUUUCCAAUGGGCUCCCACUUUCUAGGCUGCAGAUCGUUGUAUAGCAGAGGUCGCUGGUUCUUAUUUUUUUUCGGUUGUUUUUGUUUUUGGGUAGAAGAAAGUUAAUAGGUUGGUAUUCAUCUGUGGAUGUUUUGUGUGUACAGUUUUUCAUAGCUGUAUGAUUCCCAUAACUUCGCACUUAGGCUACAUUAAUUGCGUCUUAUAAGUUUAAAUAGAUUUACCUUUUAACACGAUUCUUCAAUUGAAGAAUGGAAUGGAAUAAUAUUUAGUGGAACGGAAUUAACUUGAUUACUAAGAUUCAUCAUAUUUUUCAUUUAAA